UUGAUAUCAAUUUCAAGUCUGUUGUUAAAAAUACGCGUUUCACCGGCAGUUGUUUUUUUUCAUCUCAUCUGAAUUCAUCAAACACAAGCCCAGCGUUCGAAGUGUAAACAAAAUUAUCAUCGUAAAGACAAUCGUAAUUUUCGGAGUUUUGAAAUCGUCGAAAAAUGGAUGAUGGUCAACGAAUUGGAAAAUGGGAAAUUGCCGGAUUCGUUGUCGGCUGCUGUGGGAUAUUAUUGAGUGGAACAUCGCUUUACCUUUGGGAUCACGAUGAAGAGAAGCUUAAUGUUGAAAUUGUGCCAUUCGCUCUGGCCUUAAAUCUGAUCGCAUCGUUGAUGUGGAUUUGUGGGAUUUUUUUGAAAGAGACGAAAUUUCUUCUUCUGCCGCUCGUUUGGUGGUCCAUUAUAUUGACGGUGUGGCUGAUACUCUAUUUCAUACUGGGCAUUUUGCUAUUAUUUUUUUCGGAUAAGUUUCAUGGUGGCAAUGACAGCUACGUCUAUUGGAGUCAUCACAAAUUGAAUAUCUUGGCUUCAAAAGCGCUUCCCAUAACAGCAUUAGCACUAUUAUUCUACAUCGCAGCAGUGAAGUGUUACAUAGAGUUGAAAAAGGAAAUCGGUAAGUUCUUGGCGGAAAUUGCGCAAUUCGGUAUAUUGAACAAUGAAUCGAAACAGUUAGACGCUUAGUUACAGC